AUGGCCAUUUUCAACUGGCUUCGUCGACUCCGUGGCCAACAGGCAUCUCGGGUUGACGAGGACUACUUUUCCAAGAAAGUCCUCCCUAAAAGUAUUGAGCCCACAGUAUUCUCCGUUCCUGGAACAUCGUGUCCUAGUACACCAUUCCCAGAGACUCCAAAUACUGCGGUGGCAUCACCUGCUGGGAGUGAACAAACCUUAGUAUUGGAAAAGCUUCCAGAAGAAUUCGGUCGGCUGGCAUCUUGGAGAGGCUCCUUGAUCUUGCUGGUGACUUCAGGCUCCCAAUUCCUCGACAAUGUGUUCAUGACGAGUUCUAAUAUGGCGUUGGCGUCUAUUCAAGAAGAAUUUGACGUAACUAGCUCUAACCUGCAAUGGAUGAUUUCUGCGUACACAUUGACAUUUGGCGGUUUUCUUCUAUUAGCUGGAGCAUUGUCUGAUCGCUAUGGAAGGAAGAAGAUUCUCUGCAUGGGCCUAUUCUGGCUGUCUGUGUGGACAUUGGCUAUUGGAUUCGGCCAGUCUUUCAUCCAACUCACGGUAUUUCGCGGCAUCCAAGGAAUUGGUGCCGCAUUGACUGUUCCAUCUGCAAUCGGAAUCAUCAGUUCUUAUUUUACAGGUGUUGAUCGAACCCGAGCACUCUCAAUCUAUGCCGCCUCUGGCACAUUGGGCUUUUGCGCUGGCCUUAUCUUUGGUGGCUUCUUAACGUCCUCCUUGGGAUGGAGGUACAUCUUCUACUUUAUUGUCAUUAUUACCGGCUCCCUGGGGACGUUAGGUCUUAUUGUUCUUCCUCAAGAUCGUGUGAAUACCGAAGUGCGGGCCAGAAUGGACUACUUUGGUGCAGUCCUUUCUACGGCUGGUCUUAUCCUGCUCCAGUUUGUCCUCUCCGGAGGAGGUGUGUAUGGCUGGGAUAAGCCAUUUAUCAUUGUUCUCUUGGUACUGGCUGUUGCCAUGCUAGUUGGCUUUGUCCUGUUGGAAAAGUACAUCAGUAAUCCGUUGAUGCCUCUCUCACUGUGGAAAAUUCGCAACUUUGCUGGUCUCUGGGUUGCAGGUUUCACCUGCUACGGGAGUUACCAGAACGUCAUUUACUAUAUUGUGUUGGCCGCCCAGCGAGUGGAUAAGUUAUCUGCUGGCGAUACUGCGCUUCGAUUUUUGCCGAUGGGUGCCAUUGGAUUCAUCGUAUCCUUGGGCACUGGAAAGCUUCUCGAAUACAUGAAUGGCAAAUACUUGCUUCUUGCAGGCCUCAUUCUCACUGUAGUGGCCCCAGUCCCGAGCGCAUUGACCGUAACUUCAACUACCGACUUCUGGGUGAACGUUCUCGCCACAUCGCUUAUCAGCAUUUCUGCCGUAUCCCUCAUUUUUGUUACGACAAGCACGACGAUCCUGACGACAGUUCCAGUCGAGGUCAAGAGUUUGUGUGGCGGAAUGUUAAACACUGCAUUCCAGAUUGGUUCUGGCGUCGCCCUGGCCAUAUCUGCUGCAACCACCGAAGCUGUAGAUAUCGAGAAAGGACACGACAUUGCCCAGCAGUACUCUACCGGGCUUUGGUGCUCUACCGGACUUGCAGGUCUCGGCCUCAUUAUUGGGAUUGUAGCUGUUCGACGACGGGGAAUUGGCCCAAAGGACAGGAUUGGUGGCCCCGUUGCGCUCUGA